AUGCAUUGUCACAAACCGCAGGCGCUUUCUGAGAAAAGUGUGCUUCAAUACCCAGAUGCAGCUAUAGCAGCCAAGAAGCGUUGUCAUAAGAAGCAUUCCAAGAAGAGCAAGAAGUCCAGGAAGGACGACUCAGACUCAGAUUCAGGUACGUCCUCCUCUUCUUCCAGCUCUGACUCUGAUAGCGAUGAGUCACUAG